ACUUGACCCUUCGGCGUGCCAGGGGCCCGUGAUCAGAAUCUUCCAUUCCAGUUUUCUUCCAAUUUCACGACGCGUGCUGAACCGGCUGUUGCGUACGUCCUCUGAGAAGCCUUGACUUCACAAAAAAGCGUCGUUUAAUUUACCUUGCUUUAUUCACGCGUUUGGAGUCUCCGUGUGUCGGAUCGUGCGGCGUGCCGUGGGGGAAGCUACUGCGCACGACAAAUUGUACGUUUCUCGACCCUCGGCGGCCAACGGCGUACAUAUAAAGACAAGGCGCUUGAGCUUCAGGCCCUUGCUCACCUUUUCCGAAACAUGCUGAUAACGAGAUAACCGGGGCCCCACUUUCUUCUCCGUUGUCAUGUUGGUGUUCGCCUGGGGCAUUCUGUUUUUCCUCUUCAAGACGCGGCUGGUCCUGGCCCAGGAGGCGACAUGCAAUGCGACGUUUGACCAUAGCUGGGUGUAUAAUUCUCUUAAUCAGAGCACCUGCAGUAUAGCCUCUUCCCUUAUGGGCGCUUGUACUUCUUCGACUUUCACGGUUGUACCAUUGCAAGAAGGACAAAUUUACGAUGGCCCUUGGGAAGGAUCCGACACUCCUUGUCUAUGCAGUUCCGUGUACUAUUCUCUGUUGAGUGCAUGCGCUUUCUGCCAGAAUCGUAGCUAUGCAAGCUGGUCGUCUUGGAGCACAAACUGCACUAGUGUCUAUGUAUCGAUCUAUCUUGGCGAAAUUCCACAAAAUACUGCGGUACCGCACUGGGCGUACCAGAAUGUCACGACAAUCGCUGCUUCAGACACCGACGCGUCUGAAUCCACAGAGGCGGUUCCAAGUGCCACCGCGACAAGCAGUGUUACACCGACCAUAACAGCAUCUGAAAAAGUGAAGUCUGGCAUAAUCAUCGGAGCCGUCGUAGGAGCUUUCGUCCUUCUGGCGGUACUUGGAUUGGUUAUAUGGCUAGUAAUCCGACGACGUCACAAACCAAAACCAAGCAAAAGAACCCGCGGUAACUUGGUGGAGUAUCGAUCAGUACCUCAGACUACGCAAAUUUUAGCCACAGUGCCUACUCCAUACACACACCAUCGACGCACCGCAGCCCCGAGGCCUUCUAGGACAGCUUCUGAACGUGCGACACCUCCUGUUCAUCAGACGCGACGCAGUCACAGGCACAAGAAUUCCCAUCACGAGUCUUCCAGGCCUUCUAGGGCAGGCUCUAACCAAGCAACAUCUUCUCGUGCUCGAAAGGUAGUGCACCGCACUUAUACUGCUGUGCCUGCACCAUGAUAUUUAUGUUCUUCUCGAGAUGGUAUUUGUAUUUAGUGGGGGCUAUCAUUGCUGCUGGCACUCUAUCUGGACUUUAGCAGUAAAUACCACAUGAUACAUGAGAAUCUCAACGUGAGUUUCACAAAGCGCCGAGGCGAGCCUAUUCUUCAGUGGGGCGUAUCCACAUAUUCCUCCAGUGCAGGCA